AUGGAGGAGGAGUCUUUGCCGCCGCUGCCAGUGCAGAUCCAGAAGGUAUCGAACCUUUCAGAGGUCAAGUUCCCUUCGCGAGUGUCCAGCGAUGUUUUGCACUUGGACAGCGUGAAGCUUUAUCCUCAUAAAGGCAACCUCGGUGCUGAAGGGCGAAUGGCGUGUGCCGCUCAACCGCGAGCGGCCGGGGUUUGGCGAGGGGCACUGGAGGGUGCGACCCCCUCGGCCGCAGCGGCCAAAGUUCUGCCGCUGCUGCCGGGCCGCGUGGCCCUAGACGGAUGUGGCGCGCUUGCGGACACGGCACUCGCGUGCUCUUCCCUGCACUUCUUGCCCUCGGCCAUGCUGGAGGAAGAUGCGCGCAAGCGCCGGAGUGUCGCGGCACAGGAGCUCGGCGCUGCUUCCGGCCGAGACGUGAAGGUCUUCAUCUUGGCGGGACAGCUGGGCCAGGUCUUGUCACAUCAUGCUGAGCUCUUCCUGCUGGGAUGUGGUGAAGGCCGCUUCGAAUCGCUGCUUUGCCUGGUGCCUUUGGCUCACGCUCCAACGACUCGGGCUGUGCGCUUUGCUGUGGCACGGGAGACGCCCCUCGGAGCCCUCCAAGAGGUCUGGCAGGAAGUGGCCAUGGUGGAGCUCCCAAGGCUCUUUCAGCUGUCCGUGCGAAACGGUGGGGCAGGACUAGCGCUGCCGGGAAAGGAGAAGUUCUUGGUUGAGGAGGAGGAGGAGUUCUUGGUGAUCAAUUCGUGGCAGCGUGAGGAUGCAGACUCGGCACGCGGCGAUGUAUCAGAGGAUCGCUUGACUUUGGAACAGCUACUGUGGGUCGAGACCGUCCGGGCGCUGGCAGACACUGCCCCUUGUGCGGAGGUGCCAGUACCUGCCCUGCGGCUGAAGCUGGCUGAUGAGGGCUUGGCCUCAGCCGUAGACCUGUUGGAUGGCCCUGCGGAGCUUGGUGCGGGUGUGCCUCCCGACGAAGCUCCCCGCCUCGCUUCCUUGGCUUUCCUGCGACAGUACGCCACCAGAGCGGUGCUUCAAGAGGAGUUGCUGCCGCGGCUGCUGCCCAGUGGGGCCGGCACCUUCCGCGUCUUCAGCGCCGAGCUCACCACACGCGAAGGCAGUUCUCCUCUCAGGUCGUUGAGACCACCCAAGCCAAGAAGCCUUGACGAUCUCUUCAGCGAUUCCCCGGACUUUCGCAAGCCUUCACACUUUGCCUGCGGCGUGGAUGACGAGAACUUCCCAGAAGGCAAAGAUGAAGAUCCGCUCAUAAGGUAUGAUCUCACCUCUGUGCUGCUUCUCUGCGAGACAUCAGGAUUCUUGCUGGCCUUCCAUUGCUUGCAGGCCCAAGACCCUUGCUCAGUGUGA